CAUUAAUAUUUGUAUUUGUUACACAAUUUUCUAAAAAAAACAUGUCGCAGUUUUUAUUAUAUGUGUUAAUAUUAGUUGCAAGUUUAAUUUUGAGCUUGUAUGUCUAUUUGACCUGGCAUUUUGAUCACUGGAUUAAACGCAAGAUACCGGGACCUAAACCUGUGCCCUUAUUUGGCACUUUCCCGGGUAUGGUGAAUGCAAAAAGAAAUUUUAUUUACGAUUUGGAUGAAGUUUAUAGACAAUUUAAAAAUAAAGCCAAAUUUGUGGGCGUAUUUGUAACCAGAAAUCCGCAAAUUAUGAUAUUGGAUCCAGAAAUAUGCAAAGAUAUUUUGAUUUCAAAUUUUAAAUGUUUUCAAGACAACGAGUCAUCUCAGUGGAUGAAUCGUAAAAGAGAGCCCAUAUCAGGCAGCAAUCCUUUCGCAUUGCCAGCCGCUGAUUGGAAAAUAAAACGAGCCGAAAUUGUACCAGCUCUCACAACGUCCCGGGUAAAAGGCAUGUUUUCGAUUGUAGAGGCCAUAUGCAAGAAAUUAAACCGAUAUUUGGAACAGCUCACAGAAAAUGGCAAAACUACAAUUGAUGCCAAAGAUAUUGCCUUACACUUCACCGGAGAGGUGGUGGCUGAUGUUGGCUGGGGCAUAGAGGCCGGCAAUUUGGCUAUAUCUUCAAAUAAAUCUAUCAAAGAAGACACAGCCUUCUUAAGCAUGUCCAAACAAAUGAUUGCCCAAACUUUUAAUGCCUUCAAGUACUUUUUUAUAGCUGGCAUAUUUCCGUUUGUGCGUUAUUUAUUUUAUGUGCGAUUUUUCCCUGAAAUUACCGAUCGUUUCUUUUUGCAAUUGACCAGUUCAGCUAUGCAUAUGAGAAAUUCCAAUGGCAGUAGUAAGAGGCAAGAUUUUCUGCAGCACAUGAUGGAUUUGCAACAAAAGAAGGGUAUUAGUGAAACCGAAAUAGUAGCUCAUCAGUUAACAUUGCUGUUUGAUGGUUUCGAAACAUCGGCUACUUUAAUCAGUCAUUGUUUGUUGCUGCUGGCACGUUAUCCCGAAAAACAGCAAAAACUUCGUUUGGAAAUUCAGCAACAUUUGGCUGACCAUAGAAAUACUUUUGAUUUUGAUGAGUUAGUUAAGCUACCCUAUUUGGAACAAUGUUUGGCAGAAACUUUGCGCAUUUUCACUCCUUUACCGUACAUGGCAAAAGUCUGCACCCAACCUUGUGAGCUGCUCAACAAUGAUGGUGUCUUACUCAAAAUACAUCCCGGAGAUGUUUGUCUCAUACCACUGCACUCGAUGCAUCACGAUGCUGAGUACUAUCCACAGCCGGAAGAGUUUGUGCCAGAACGCUUUGACGAGGAGAAUGGUGGCACAAAAAAGUACAAAGACAUGGGUGUAUAUUUACCAUUUGGUGAUGGUCCAAGAAUAUGUCUAGGUAUGAAAUUUGGCUUGUCCCAGGCAAAAGCCGCAGUUGCCGAGGUAAUAAAACAUUUUGAAUUAACGGUUAAUGAAAGAACACGCAAGGAUAAUUAUCAGGCUGCAGAUGGUUUUAUCAUUGGUUUAGAUGGUGGCAUAUUUCUUGAUAUAAAACCAUUGUAUACUCUAAACGUAAGUGAAUAUAUAAAACAUUAUUUAAGUAAUAAAAGAAUAAACUCAUUUACAUUUGCGCUUAAAAUCUUGACAAUGGCAUUGAAUUUCGUGUCACUGAAUCGCAGAGUGAUAGGACCAGAUGGCAGAACCUUUGUUCAUUGUCCUAAAGGACAAGAAUACAAUCCUCGCUUCACUCAGAAGACAGUAAAACACGGUGGUGGUAGCAUUAUGGUUUGGGGUGCAUUUUCUUGGCAUGGCGUGGGUCCCCUCAUAAAAAUCAAUGGCAAAAUGGAUAAGUUUCAGUACUUGGACAUUUUGAAAAACCAUAUGGAGCCAUAUGCCUUCGAUUCCAUGCCAAUUAAGUGGAAAUUCAUGCAAGACAAUGACCCCAAACACUCGUCUAAGCUUGUAAAAAAUUGGUUCUCUGCUGAGAAAAUUGAAGUUUUGGAUUGGCCAGCGCAGAGCCCUGACUUAAAUCCUAUAGAGAACCUUUGGAACGAAGUGAAGGUUGAAAUAGCAAAAAAAAAUUAUAAAAAUAUGGACGAUUUGUGGUCGGCGGCACAGAAAGCCUGGUAUGCCAUACCCAAAUCAAAAUGCCAAAAACUAGUCGAAAGUAUGGGACGCAGCUUUCUACUCGUUCGUUCGUUCACUCACCACCAGUUAUCAGUUUGUGUUCGCAACAACAUGUUGUUCUUGCUAAUUUCUCUGUCAGUGUCAAUAAUAAUUCUAAUUGUUUAUUUAUAUUUAUCUUGGUAUUUUAAUUAUUGGAAACAUCAAAAUCUAGCUGGUCCCAGACCACAGCUACUAAAAGGUACAUUUCCCAAAACUCAUGCCGGAAAAUGUAAUUUACUUACGGAACUACAUGAGAUUUAUAUGCAUUAUAAAUCCUCGCAAAGUUGUGUGGGUGUUUUUGUGGGCCGUAGUCCAAAAUUAUUUGUUUUGGAUCCCAAGUUAAUACAGCAAAUACUUACGCAAAACUUUAAUAAAUUUCGUGAUAACGAGUCUUCGCAAUGGUCAUCUGAAGCAGUAGAGCAAUUACGAUUUGGCAGUCCAUUUGUAUCAGUGUCUGAGGUGUGGAAGGAGAAACGUUCGGAAUUGGUACAGGGUCUCACAGUUAAUAGGAUACGUUCCCAUUAUGACAUAAUGAAGGAUAGUGCCUCUCAAAUGAUAGAGUUUAUUAAAGCCCAAGAUCCUCAAACAAAAUGGGAUGCAAAAGAACUAGCAAAUCGUUUCACCUGUCACCUAAUGGCCAAAUUUAUAUGGGGCAUUGAGGAAAACACUUUCCAGACUCUCAACAAUCACUCGACCCUUCACGAAAUGGCAGACAAAAUGCUACAACAAUCCUUAAAAUGUGUUCGCUACUAUGGCAAAACAGCCGCCUGGCCUUGGUUGAGAAAAUUGAAACCUGAACGUUUCUUCCCUGCCGACUGCGAUGAGUUUUUCAAACAAUUGGCCAAGGAUGUCAUGGAACAGAAAAUGGCCACAAAUAAUAAACAAAAUGAUGUGAUCAAUCACUUGUUGCAACUAAAGAAGAAAAAAUCUUUAAAUGAUGUACAAAUCGCUGGACAUACGACAACCGUGCUGAUUGAUGGCUUUGAAACGGCAGCCAUUGUAAUAGCCCACUGUUUAUUGUUGCUGGCUCGUAAUCACAGAGUUCAACUAAAACUACGUCAGGAGUUGAAAGAGGCAGGUGAUGAGAUAACCUAUGAUAAAUUAAUGGAGUUACCCUAUUUGGAUCAAUGUAUACAAGAGACUUUAAGACUAUUUCCUCCUUUGGCUACAUUAUUUAAACUUUGUACAGAAUCUAUUGAGCUGCAAAACAGAUUGGAUGGCGGCUCCAAGGUGUUGCUAAGCCCUCAAGACGUAGUUUACAUUUCAGCUUAUUCUUUACAUUAUGAUCCUGAGUAUUAUGAAAAUCCUGAAGAUUUUUGGCCCGAAAGAUUUAAUGAGGACUUGGGUGGUGUAAAGAAAUUUAGAGAUAUGGGAGUGUUUUUGCCAUUCGGCGAUGGACCCAGAAUGUGUCCAGGCAUGAAAUUGGGUUUGUCAGAGGUAAAGGUUGCUGUAGCUGAACUAUUGAAAAAUUUUGAAUUCUCUUUAACUGCCAAUACACGACUGGACAAUACAAUUGCCUCCGAUUCAUUUCUGCUUACAUUGGAUGGAGGUAUUGAAUUGUAUAUUAAAGGCCUAAGGGAUUAA